GUCCGUGACAUUACACAAACCCUCUCACACACAUUCUUAAUACACACACAGACAAGCGCGCGCACACACACGCUCGCUCGACCCGCUCUGAGAGCUCAAGCCGUCUAAAGCUGUUCUUCUGGUGGAGCUUUAACACCGCGCAGCCGCUGAGGAAGGAAAAAACAAAGCAGAGAAGCAGGUAGAAGAAGCAGCGGAGGAUAAAAAGAAACAGCACACACUGCUUUUUUUUUUAAAACUUACAUACUGUCUGUCCCUGUUUUUGGGGGGGAAACUACUUCGAAAAGGAACAAGAGACAGAUAUACAGUGUCCGAGUUGGCGUGCCUCGAGCCUCGGAGUGGAGGGGUUGUCAUGGUAACUGACACUGGCAGGCUGACCCCGGCCCUGAAUGGAGAGAGAGCCGCCGUGGAGAGCCAGCGAGAGUAACGGAGAGAAGACGGGAGGAGAGAGGAGCGCUAGCGCCAGAAUGGAGGACGGCUUUUCCAGCUACAGCUCUCUCUACGACACCUCCUCGCUGCUGCAGUUCUGUAACGAUGACAGUGCUUCUGCGGCAAGCAGUAUGGAGGUGACAGACCGCAUCGCAUCUCUGGAGCAGCGUGUGCAGAUGCAGGAGGAUGAGAUUCAGCUGCUCAAGUCUGCGCUGGCCGACGUGGUCAGGAGACUCAAUAUCUCUGAAGAGCAGCAAGCCAUGCUCAGCAGGAAAGGACCAACCAAAGUUCAAAAAGAACCAGCAGCGAUGAGAAAAUCUGCCUCUGCAGACUGCAGUGUUGGGAAGUCAGCCAGGCCAAUGAUCGCAGCCUUGCCACUGAGGCCCACAGUCAACAAUGGCAAUGUCCUACCAAAGAAAAGCGGCACGCUGCCGUCACCCUCGGGCUCCAAGAAGGACAUCAACUCACCAGCAACCAAGAGUGUGUCCAGUCUGUCCAGCUCAUCCAAGUUUCUACUCAGAUCCUACAGCACUGUGAAAAGAACGAGUUCAUCAGAACAGGUGGGUCCCACCAGCAGGAAGGACAGCGGGGGAGAUGCCAAAAGUAACCGCACGCGCACUGGCUCCACCGGGAGCAACUCCAGUGGCAAGAGAGCCAGUGAAAGCAAACAGAGGGAGCCUGUAUUCAGUGCUGGGAUGCGGCGGGUGACGCACUGUAAAGAUGAAGGGUAUGUCAAAAUGUAUUUGAAGGGACGGCCCAUCACCAUGUACAUGCCCAAAGAGCUGGUGGAUACAUACUGUCUGGAAGCAAAGGCUGACCUGCCUCCUAAGAAGCUGAAGCUAGACUGGGUCUACGGUUACCGGGGCCGAGACUGUCGAUCCAAUCUCUAUCUGCUCCCCACCGGAGAGACGGUUUACUUCAUUGCAUCUGUGGUGGUUCUGUACAAUGUGGACGAGCAGCUGCAGAGACACUACACUGGACACACUGAUGACAUCAAGUGCCUAGCUGUCCAUCCUGAUAAAAUCACCAUAGCAACAGGACAAGUGGCUGGCACAUCUUCAGAUGGCAAACAGUUGGCCCCUCAUGUGCGUGUUUGGGACUCUGUGAGUUUGAACACACUGCAUGUACUUGGCACUGGCUUCUUCGACAGAGCUCUUGUGUGCCUCUCCUUUUCCAAAUCGAAUGGAGGUAGCUGGUUGUGUGUAGUGGAUGACUCCAAUGACCAUGUGCUUUCAGUGUGGGACUGGCAGAGGGAAGAGAGACUUGCUGAAGUUAAGUGUUCCAAUGAGUCAGUCUUCGCCACUGAUUUCCAUCCGACAGAUGCCAACAUUAUUGUAACAUGUGGGAAGUCCCACCUUUACUUUUGGUCACUAGAAAAAGGCUCUCUUGUGAAGAAACAGGGCUUAUUUGAGAAACAAGAGAAGCCCAAGUUUGUCUUGUGUGUGACUUUUUCAGAAAACGGUGACGCCAUCACUGGUGACUCCAGCGGAAAUAUACUUGUAUGGGGCAAAGGCUCUAAUCGCAUUAGCCUGGCCAUUCAGGGGGCACACGAAAGCAGCGUGUUUGCGCUGUGCAUGUUGAGAAACGGCACCCUGGUUUCAGGCGGGAAGGACCGCAAGCUCAUCUCUUGGGAUGGAAAUUACCAGAGGAUUCAAACAGUGGAGGUUCCAGAACUGUAUGGGCCUAUUCGCACGGUUGCUGAGGGGAAGGGAGAGACUGUUCUUAUUGGAACAACCAAAAACUAUGUCCUGCAGGGGAGUCUGGAUGGGGACUUCACACCCAUCACCCAGGGUCAUACAGAUGAGUUAUGGGGUCUGGCUGUUCACCCACUGAAGCACCAGUUCCUCACCUGUGGCCAUGACAAACUGGUCUGCCUGUGGGACUCUGAUGCACAUCAGCCUGUCUGGACCAAGACACUGGAGGAUGCAACUCAGUCAGCCGGGUUCCAUCCCUCUGGGGCGACGGUUGCCAUAGGAACGCAGACAGGCAGGUGGCUUGUUCUGGAUACUGAAACUAAGGAUCUAGUCACGGUGCAUACGGAUGGGAACGAGCAACUCUCGGUUAUGCGUUUUGCUCCAGAUGGAAACUUUCUUGCCAUUGGGUCACAUGACAAUUACAUCUACAUCUAUGCUGUAGCUGAAAAUGGCAAAAAGUACAGUCGAGUGGGAAAAUGCUCGGGUCACUCCAGUUUCAUCACUCAUUUAGACUGGUCUGUAGACUCUCAGUAUCUGGUGUCCAACUCUGGAGACUAUGAGAUCCUUUACUGGAUCCCCUCUGUGUGUAAACAAGUAGUGAGCGUGGAGACGACCCGUGAUAUCCCAUGGGUCAGCUUUACCUGCACAUUGGGCUUCCAUGUGUUUGGGUUAUGGCCAGAUGGCUCUGAUGGGACAGACAUCAAUGCUGUGUGCAGAUCCAAUGAGAAGAGGCUGCUUGCCACCGGAGAUGAUUUUGGAAAAGUACAUCUCUUCUCUUUCCCCUGCUCUCAGUCCAGAGCUCCUAGCCACGUCUACGGUGGGCACAGCAGUCACGUCACCAAUGUCAACUUCCUAUUCGAUGAUAGCCACCUGGUUUCCACCGGAGGAAAGGACAUGAGUGUCAUGCAGUGGAGAGUGGUGUAAACAACUACUGACAGAAAGACCACGUGUCUAUUCCAAUUUCUCUUUCAUUGGGAUCAAAGAGGGGAAACUGACUGAAGGCAUACUGUAAUGUGAUGAGGUCAGGCAGAUAGUUUCAAAUUGAAUUGCUUUUUUUUGCUAUUUGUACAACUCAGGACCCCAGCAUUUGAAAUAAAGAGCUGACUAUCUCCCAACCUGCCGGGCCUUGAGGAACAACCGGCGCAAUGCAAAACUCAACUCACCCCUUUACCCUGGAGUUACAAAUAAGAGGGUAUAUUCUUCACAAGAGACGUUGUAUGAUGUGAUGCCAAAGCAGACAUUUUUUUGACUUGUUACAAGGAAAUGUAAAAGUGUUGUAGUUGACAAUGGUUUAUGACCCCACCGUCUGGCCUCAUUAGGUAUUGCAGCCGCUCCAGUGUGGGUGAAUUUCAGUGUGAAGUCAUGAUUUCCUCAAAACCUUUUUAAGAAAUGUCUCUUCUUGAACAAGGUAUUUGAUAUCCGUUACCAGUCUUCUUUUUGAAGAGCCGAUGCAUCAGCGUCUGAAGGUGAAACAGCAUGAUUUCACUCAAUAUAGCAACUCCACUGUGUGAUCAAAACGAUCUCCACUUGUAUCACUACGAUCAGCUCUUAUCACCUGGGUCUUUUUAAAUGAUCAUAUGAAAGCACCACAGCCAGCAAUUCCUGUUUGAGGUACUAUAACCCUCGAUUAGAGCCUGCAUCUCUUCUCUGAGUAAGGCUUGGUGCGGUGACAUAAUUUGCUGCAAUUUUAUGUAACUGUUGAGCAUUAUGUAGUUCAUCUUUAAGCAUCUCCCAGAGAAAAUCAUCACCAAGCUCAAAUGGACAUAAAUUGAUAUCCAGGCUAGAUUAAUGUUAACAUGUAACUUUUUUUUUAAAUCAGUGCCAGCCAAUCUAAUAAUGUAAUUAUUUUCAACUUCUCUGUUCAGCUGUCUCUCUGUAGCCUAACGACCAUAUUCAUGCUUGAGUCCUUUUGCACUGAAAGAGAAGGCGUGUGAAACUCAUCAGGGUUUUUUUAAUGACUGUAGUUGGUAUAUUAAAACUGUCUAAGCAUGCA